AUGCAGGAUGCAAUGGGCCGAAUGUCAAACAUUGACGCCAACGUGAACGAUGCCUUCGCAAAACGAAUGGCGCAGGUGCAGGCAGAAUUAGAGGAGAUGCAGAAGGUGCAGAGCGAGCUGAAAGGGCAAGAGGCCAAAUUCCUCAAAGCUGUCCAAGGCUAUCAGAGGGACUUGGAGAACAUUGCUCGGCAAAUAGGGCACGCCCAGACAAGAAAACACAAGAUCCUGAAGGACCUGGAUCAUUGCAACGAUGAGAUCAAAUGUUUAGAGAAGAAGAAGGAGGAGACGGCUCGCAAAAUGUGUGAGGUCACCACGGAAGCAGAACGGGUGAGGUUCGAGAAGCUGAAUGCUGCAAGUGAAAGCCUUCAUUUCGCUUCGAAGCCCUCCCAUAUGGCCUCCAACGCGGGCGUGAACUUGUGCGACUUGCUAGCAGAGGGUUCUUCUUCUGGCGCACAGGCUAGCGCAAAAUCUGGUGCGAUGGACCUUCUCCAGAUGGAUCUGGGCCAGAAAGGUACAACAGCGGAGGGAAUGUCUGAUUGGCCUCCUGAUUCAGAGCCUGGACCAGACAUUGCCGGCACAGGUGCUUCUUUUCAGCCAAUUGCAAACAACUAUGUUGGCACAGACAGUUUUCCCAGCAGUGGCAGCUGUGGAAGUUGCAAUGGCUGUGGAACCUUUGGAAACCACAACACUCCUUGUUGCGGAGCUUGCGCCAGCAACUUUGCGGGAUGCGCCGGUUCUGGCUGCCCUGGUUGCGGGGGUGGUUGCUGCUCCAGCAAUUGCUGUGGAGGCUGCGGAGGUUGUGGCUGCCUUGGCAGUGGUUGCGGUGGUUGCCUCGGCAAUAGCUGCGGUGGUUGUGGGUGUUGUGGCUGCCCUGGAAGUGGUGGUGGGGGCUGCGGCACUUGCUGCGGGGGCUGCGGAUGCCUGAACAGCUGUUCUGGCUGCGGAAGCUGUUGUUCCGGUGGUUGUGGAGGCAGCUGCAGCAGUGGAGGUUGUCAAAACUGCGGUUGCCCCGGUUGCAGCAGUUGUGGGGGUUGUGGCUGCCCCGGGGUUGGUGGGGGGAGCUGUGGCACCGGCUACAGGGGUUGUGGAUGCCCGAACAGUUGCACUUGUUGCGGGGGCGGUUGCUUCCACGGGAAUGGCUGUGGAAAUUGCGGCUGUCCUGGCUCUGAGAGUGCCUGCUUUGGUUCGCGCAGUGGUUGCAUCGGUGGUAGCGGUGAAUCAUGCGGAGGUUGCAAAGGGUUCAAUGCAUGCAGCGGGUGCAAUGCUUGUUCCUCUGGUUGUGGCGGAGGGUGUGGCGGAAGCUGCAAUGCCAGCUUUCAGGCAGGAUGUGGCAGUUGCAGUGGAAAUUCUUUGGGCUCAGAUGGUGCGUAUGCAGACCCUCAACAGCAACGGAACGCAAGGUUGAAAGCUUAUGAACAAAAAGCAUCUGACGCUUUUGAUCAGCUGCUGGCAGGGCCGCUAGCGAGGAGCUAG